AAAAAAAAAAGUACAUAGAAGACAAAAGUGAACCGAUUGCGACACAAUUUUUCAGAGGACAUAAACCCCCUCUCUCCAAAGUCCAAAUCUUUCCGCCGCCGCCGGCCGUCGACCGUGAAAUUGAUAUGCAAUAGAUAUUGAUAUGAGUAGAGAAGAGAUUGUUAAUACGAUGACUGUUAGAGCAAAACCAGCAGCAGGAUUAGCUAUAGCUACUAUAGUAAAGAAUAAUGGUCACCAUCGCGAUAUUGAUGAAGAAGGAGAGUCGAGGCUUGAACCAAAUGUUGGGUUAGAGUUCGAUUCAGCCGAAGAUGCACAAGAGUUUUACAAUCUCUAUGCUACGAAAAUUGGAUUUAGGAUUCGAAUUGGUCAGCUCUAUCGUUCCCGGAUUGAUGGGUCUGUUGUUUCCCGGAGAUUUGUUUGUUCCAAAGAGGGGUUUCAGACUACUUCAAGAACGGGAUGUCCAGCUUUCAUAAGAGUGCAAAGGCUUGAUUCUGGGAAAUGGGUACUUGCUAAUAUUAAGAAGGAACACAAUCAUGAGCUUGAACAUCCAGGUGAGAUUUGCCCAUCUCGAAUUCAAAGAAAAAUUGUUACCCCUACCCCUACCCCAACCCCGAAAUCGAAAUCAGCUUCUGUUUUAUCAACUAGGACUGGACUUAGAUCACUUGAUGAGGAUGGCCCAUCUGGGAUUCUCGAUUUUAAGCGUCUUAAAAGGGAGAAAAUUAAUGGAGAAACUAAAAGUGAACCGUAUAAGGGGUUGGAGUUUGUUUCUGCUGGUGAAGCGUAUGAGUUUUAUCAUACUCAUGCUGCGAAUACUGGGUUUAAAGUUAGGAUUGGUCAGCUGUUUCGUUCGAAGAAUGAUGGGUCGAUUACCUCGCGGAGAUUUGUUUGCUCUAAAGAAGGGCAUCAGCAUCCGUCGAGAGUAGGGUGUGGAGCGUUCAUGAGGAUACAGAGACAAGAAUCAGGAAGGUGGUUGGUUGAUCGUUUUCAAAAUGAACAUAACCAUGAACUUGGAGCUCCCAUUGAUGCUAGUGAGAGAGUGUCAUCAAAAGGAUUCAAAGAAGAAUUAAGCCAUGGGUUGGAGAAUAUGGAUUUAGUUGAAUCAAAUGGAGGGUUUAGCCUUGUUACAAGGUCCAGGGAGAGUAAAAUUGGAAGUGAUUGGUAUAAUGAGCUUUUUGACUAUUUUCAGGCUCGGCAGGCAGAAGAUAUGGGAUUUUUCUAUGCAGUGGAAAUGCAUAAGGGUAGAGCCAUGAGUGUAUUAUGGGCCGACUCUCGGUCUAGAUUCUCUUGCACUCAGUUUGGGGAUGCAAUUGUUUUCGACACAACCUAUAGAAGGGGUAGUUACUCAGUGCCACUUGCUUCGUUCAUUGGUGUUAAUCACCACAGGCAACCAGUACUUCUUGGCUGUGCCUUAAUUGCUGAAGAGUCUGAAGAGUCAUUUACUUGGUUGUUCCAAGCUUGGCUUCGGGCAAUGUCAGGGCGUCGUCCUAUCUCCAUAGUUGCUGAUCAAGACUGGGUCAUUCAACAUUCAAUUGCUCAAGUUUUCCCCGGAACACAUCAUCGGUUUUCUGCAUGGCAAGUUGUGGCUAAGGAGCAGGAAAACAUUGGUGCAUUGCUCUCGAUGAAUCCUGAAUUUAAGUAUGAAUAUGAAACUUGCAUUUUCCAGAGCCAGACAGCUAAUGAGUUUGAAGCAGCAUGGAAUGUGCUUAUUAACAAGUAUAAUAUGAGAGAGAACACAUGGUUAAAGGAUAUGUAUAGGAUGCGUAAGAGUUGGGUGCCAUUAUACAUUAAAGGCACAUUCUUUGCUGGCAUUCCAACGGACGGAAGCUUGAAGUCAUAUUUUGGCACAAUAUUGACAUCUCAAGCACCACUUAGUGAAUUUCUUAUACGGUACGAAAAAGCCCUUGAACAACGUCGUGAAGAGGAAAGAAAAGAGGAUUUUAACUCAUUCAAUUUGCAAGCAGUUCUGCACACAAAGGACCCUAUAGAGGACCAGUGUAGAAGGCUUUACACUAUUACUACGUUCAAAGUGUUCCAGAAAGAGCUUUUGGAGUGCUAUAGUUAUGUUGGAAUUAAGAUAAAUGUUGAAGGUGCCAUUAGUAGGUAUCUGGUGCAGAAGUGUGGGAAUGGAGAUGAGAGGAAUACAGUUGCCUUCAAUGCCUCCAAUAUUAACAUCAGUUGCAGUUGUAAAAUGUUUGAGUUUGAAGGUGUGCUGUGUAGACAUGCCUUGAAAGUUUUUCAGAUAAUGAACAUAAGGGAGCUUCCAUCUCGCUAUAUCCUACAUCGUUGGACAAAGGAUGCAAAAUAUGGUAUACUACGUGAUGUCGAUUCAGGGGGUGCUUCUCAAGAUCAUAAGGCAUUGAUGUCGUGGAGCUUAAGAGAAGAAGCAAAGAAUUACAUUGAGGCAGGAACAGCAUCUUUAGAAAGAUAUAAACUUGCGUUUGAGAUCAUGCAGGAGGGUAGAAGAAAUCUUUGUUGGCAAAACUAGGGAAGUACGGGGUUUAACAAACAUAGAUAAGAGAUCGAGGCUUUCAUCAAAAUUCUUAUUUGUAAGUUAAUUUUUGGACUCGACCAUUUCUGAGUAUGAGUUAGCCUCAAUGUCAUCAGAUAAUUUUCCAAAUAAUGUAGGGAUAAGGCACAAGUACCACCCCGAACUAUACCCGAAAUUCCAGCGACACACCUAAACUUAACUAAGGUCCUAUUACCCCCAACUAAUUUAAAAUGGAAUAAAUACACCAUAAAUGCUAACGUGGCAUAGAGAGUGUGCACACUCUUUUGAAGACAAUUGAAGAUUACAAAAAUAAUUUUAAAAGUAAUUAACAGGUACAAAUGUCAUUUUUUAAUUGGACAUUACUUAAUUAAUUAAGUCUAGUUAAAUAGACUCCUUCAUCUUCUAAAUAGAAGGAAUGUAUUAGAAUUGAUGUUGACUGCUUGCUAACCAUUGGUGUCUUCUCCGGCGUAGCAUUCAUACACUAUAAACCUUCCCACCCUUAUACAAAACAAUUCUUCACUCCAACUUUCUCGAAGACCCAACACUACCCCUCUUUUAUCUCUUCCUUUCUCCAAUGAAAAAUCCCAUUUUCAUGUUUGUCUCACAUGGCAUGUCUUCUUCCAGUCAUUUUCUGGCUUCUGCUAUGGUAACUCCUAAUUUUCGAUGCUUACUGAAGAAGCGUUUAAGAGAAUUGGGUUUUGGGAAGGAUUCUUUGAAUGUUAGUGAGAAUUAAUAUGAGUCUGAGGUUGAGGAUUAUGAAUCAGUAGCUGAGAAUGAGGAUGACCUUUCCGUUUCUCCGGUGUCUCUUCCGGUCGUAUUCUACGGCGUUUUCUCCGAUCAUCAUGCAUCAAUAGGAGUACAAAUCCUGGCAUGUCAACACGUAGUCUCACCAUUUUUACUUCCCUUUGAAAAAACAGAUCUCACCACAAGAAUGAUUCAAGUUGAGGUGGAAAAGAACCACAAAAACGAUUCAAGUGGCUGGUUGUGGAACUAAUGAACCAGCAAUGUCAGCAAUUAAUGAAAAGGGAUUUUAAUGGUAAAAAAAAAGAUUUAAUGCUUAAAAAGAAUGUGGCUUCCAUGAUGGAGGUCUCAAGUUCGAAACCCCUUGCCAGUGAAAGCAAGGGGUUUGCCUUUUGGGUCGAGCUCAUCGCAUCGGGCAUGCCUAGUGAGGGUUAUCUCUCCUGUGUGGUUUGUGAGCUAUUGCAUAAGCGGGGUUUUACCUUGUGCGCACCCAAAGGAUAGCGGCUGCGGGUUUCCCUUGUCAUAAAAAAAAGAGAAUGUGAUGCUUGCAAAUACACACAGAGGAAACUCAUUUGGUUAUUAUGCCACGUCAACAUCUAGGGUGACAUUUAUUUCAUUAUAAAAUAGUUUAGGGGUAAUAGGAUCCUUAAUUAAGUUUAGGUGUGUCGCUUGGAUUUCGAUUUUCGGGUAUAGUUUGAGGGGGUACUUGUGUCUUAUCUCAAUAAUGUAUGUACCGAAGCUGAUGUAAAUGCUUUUAUUAAGCGUAUCAAACAGCUACCAUUUAUACACAACUGCCUGAUAUUUUUCAUUGCCAGGUGACAUUUUGUUGCAGUUUUUUUCUCUGUUUUUUUCCCGAUUAAUGUUAAUUGUUGU